AUGGGCAGGGUGCUGGGCUGCCUGCUGCCCUGCCUGCUCCUCCUGCAGCCGCUGCCCUCACCAGCCUGUCCCGCCGCCUGCCGCUGCUUCUCGGGGCAGGCUGACUGCAGCCAGCACGGGCUCCGGGAGGUGCCCCAGGGCCUCUCGACUAACACCAGUGCCCUGUGGCUGGGCUACAACUUCAUCACGGCGCUGGGGCCGGGCUCCUUCCCUCCCCUGCCGGAGCUGCUGCUGCUCAGCCUGCCCCACAACCACCUGGAGCUGAUCCACAGCCAGGCGCUGGUGGGGCUGGGGGCUCUGCGGGACCUGGACCUCAGCAACAACCACUUAACUGUGCUGAGCCCCAAAACCUUCCUGCCCCUGACCAGUCUGGUCACGCUCAACCUGGGCAGCAACUGGCUGGUGGAGCUGGAGCCUGGGGUGGUGAGCGCCCUGCCCCAGCUCCGAGCCCUCCUCAUGCAGGACAACCCCUGGGUGUGCAGCUGCCGCAUCCGGCCCCUCUGGCGCUGGCUCAGCCACAACAGGGAGAAAGUGCAAGAGAAGACUCUGCUCCUCUGCAAAGCCCCAGAGCAGCUAAAGAAUUAUCCCAUCAUGGCCUUCGGGAAUGAGUCCUUCAGGCAAUGUCAGGAGACGUCACUGUCCUUCCAGCAGUAUAUCACCUUCUUGAUCAUUGGACCAUUCUCCUUCGUGGCCAGCAUCUUCUUCUGUACCUUCAUGGGUUCCAUCACAGUGGUUUACCAGAACUUGCGCAGGGAACCCUUCAGGAGGAGACCCCGUGUCUGCAGGAGCCGCUGA